UUGCGCCUGUUGCAACCACGGCUGCUGGCAGCGUCAGCGCUGCGAUCCGGUGCGGCCUCGCAGCUCCUUCUUCCCGAUGGUGUUAGAUUACUUCGCACGGCUCGCGGCGGCACGCGUCGUCACAAGGAUCACAUGGCACGCAUCGCCAAGCUCGAAGCUCUGGCGCAGGAGCGCGAGCAUGCUCGACAGGAACAGCGCCGGCGUGUGCUGGAGGCGCGCAACCAGCCGCCAGUCAUACCAGCCUUCAUCCGUGUGCGUGACUUGGCCAAGGCGCUGCGGAAGCCGCUAGACAAAGUGCUCAAACACACAGUGAUCAAAACCAACCGCCGCUUCCACCUCAAGACUAAGAGUCACCCACCUGCAGAGUUCCGCAGCGUCAAGCACAUCGUAUUGCCCUUCCGCGUUGCGCAAGAAGUGGCCGAGAGUUUCGGUAUGCAGGUGGCGUAUGAUGACGUAGAGCCAGAACUGUCAAAUGUAGUGGGAAGCGACAAAGAGUUCUUGGGCCGGCGACAACCGGUAAUUGCCGUUAUGGGCCAUGUAGAUCACGGCAAGACGACGCUGAUGGACACACUAAGGCAGCAGAUGAAAUCAGGAUUGAGGCGGAUCGCACCCUACGAGAAGCACGGUAUUACCCAGAAGAUUAAUGUCUGCGAGGCCGCGUUGACGCCUGAUGUUAAGGCCACCUUCCUCGACACACCUGGGCAUUUUCACUUCUUUCGGAUGAGAUCCAGUGCAGCUCAAGUUGCAGACGCAGUGCUGCUGAUUGUCGCUGCGGAUGAAGGUGUGUUGCUGCAGACAGAGGAGUCGAUUGGUGCCAUUGAGGAGGCCGGACUACCCGCAAUUAUCUGUAUCAACAAGGUGGACUUACUUGGAGACGACGGCGACGAAAAGGUGGACAGGAUUGUGGAUGAACUACGCUCGUUCGUCGCGCUGCAAGACAGUCCAGUAUUGACGAUCUCGGGCAAGACUGGAGUCGGACUCGAUGACUUAAAGCUCAUGGUGGGGGAGCUGGCCACAGGCCUGGCAGACAACCGCAGACUGGAUGCACGUGUUGGACCUGUGACGCACGCUGAGGGACUUGUGCUGGAGAGUGUGGCGUUGAAGGGACGUGGGACGGUCCUGCGUGUGCUGAUCAAGAAUGGCGAGUUAGCUGCCAAGCAGCAUUUCGUGGCUGGUAUGAUUCAUGGCGUGGUGCGCAAUAUGCGUGACGCUGAAGGGCGCGAUGUCAAGCGUGCAUUGCCUGGAACGGUCGUCGACAUCACGUACUCGAAUAAGUCCAAGAACGUGGACGCGCCGAAUGAGCACGGCUUUUUCGUGCUGUCUGAAGCUCGGGCGAAGCAGGUGAUCGAGCAAAGGGAACUAGCCAUGGAGUUCAAUGACUGCCUUCUACCAGACGAAGGUGGUACCAACACGAGACAGGAAGCCGAGUACACGUCCACUGAGACGUACGAGGAUGACGGAGACGUGCCGGACGCAGAAGUGGAUAGCGACGAGGCUGAAGAAGACGAUGACGAUGUGAUUGACGAGAACGAUCUGAUCGAAACCAAGUCGAUCAUUGUGAAGGCCGACGGAGCUGGUUCUCUGGUCAGCAUUCAGGACACAGUGGACGAGAUGUCUGGCAUCUCGACUGUGCGGCUGGGCAUUGGCAACAUCUCGACGAAAGAUAUUGACGUCGCGAUUAAUGGCAAAUGUCCGAUCUUCGGCUUCAACGUGAAAUUGCGCAGUCGCGAGGCAAAGCUGGCAACGGAGAGAGGUGUUCGGAUUAUUUUGCGCUCCACCGUGCAUGAGCUGAUUGAAGAGAUCACCGCGUUUGAGCAGACUGAUUCCGACGAUGUCGACGCCACCAGUGACUAA